GGGCUCCUGGCGGCGGCGCUGCGGGGGCUCGCGGGAGAAGCGGCGUGCGGGGCGAGCGGGCGGCCGGGCGGACAGCGGCCGGUCGCUCUCAGCGGCUGGCGGGCCCGAGCGCCGCGCGUCCCGAGCAUGGCGGGCUCCCUGCCUCCCUGCGUGGUGGACUGUGGCACCGGGUAUACCAAGCUUGGCUACGCAGGCAACACUGAGCCACAGUUCAUUAUUCCUUCAUGUAUUGCCAUCAGAGAGUCAGCAAAGGUGGUUGACCAAGCCCAAAGGAGAGUGUUGCGGGGUGUUGAUGACCUUGACUUUUUCAUAGGAGAUGAAGCCAUCGAUAAGCCUACCUAUGCUACAAAGUGGCCAAUUCGACAUGGAAUCAUUGAAGACUGGGAUCUUAUGGAAAGGUUCAUGGAACAAGUGGUUUUCAAAUACCUUAGAGCUGAACCUGAGGACCAUUAUUUUUUAAUGACAGAACCCCCACUGAAUACACCAGAAAAUAGAGAAUAUCUUGCAGAAAUUAUGUUUGAAUCAUUUAAUGUACCAGGACUCUACAUUGCAGUUCAGGCAGUGCUGGCGUUAGCAGCCUCUUGGACAUCUCGACAGGUUGGCGAGCGGACGCUGACAGGGAUUGUCAUUGACAGUGGAGACGGAGUCACCCAUGUUAUCCCAGUGGCAGAAGGGUAUGUCAUUGGAAGCUGCAUCAAACACAUCCCGAUUGCAGGUAGAGAUAUUACGUAUUUCAUUCAACAGCUGCUAAGGGAGCGGGAGGUGGGAAUCCCUCCUGAGCAGUCACUGGAGACGGCAAAAGCCAUUAAGGAGAAAUACUGUUACAUUUGCCCUGAUAUAGUCAAGGAGUUUGCUAAGUAUGAUGUGGAUCCCCGGAAGUGGAUCAAACAGUACACGGGUAUCAAUGCAAUCAACCAGAAGAAGUUUGUUAUAGAUGUUGGGUAUGAGAGGUUCCUGGGACCUGAAAUAUUCUUUCACCCAGAGUUUGCCAACCCAGACUUCAUGGAGUCCAUCUCGGAUGUUGUUGAUGAAGUAAUACAGAACUGUCCCAUUGAUGUCCGUCGCCCGCUGUAUAAGAAUGUCGUUCUUUCAGGAGGCUCGACAAUGUUCAGGGAUUUUGGACGUCGACUGCAGAGAGAUUUAAAAAGAGUGGUGGAUGCCAGAUUAAAACUUAGCGAAGAGCUCAGCGGCGGCAGAAUAAAGCCCAAGCCCGUGGAGGUGCAGGUGAUAACACAUCACAUGCAGCGCUACGCCGUGUGGUUUGGAGGCUCGAUGCUGGCCUCCACGCCCGAGUUCUUUCAGGUCUGCCACACCAAGAAGGACUAUGAGGAGUACGGCCCCAGCAUCUGCCGCCACAACCCCGUCUUCGGAGUCAUGUCUUAGUGUCUGCCUUGAAGUCGCAUUCGAUAGUGUCAUGUUGGGAACGAGUGUCCUCAGAGCCCAGAGAAGACUGCAGCUCCUGUACAGGCGACGCUUGGUGUGGGGUCCCGCCGCGAGCUGGCAGCGCCCAGUGCAUGAGGCACCGUGCUGUCUUCACGAAGCCAUUCUUGAUGUGCUGGCGGCGAUCUGCCCUUCUGCCUCCCUCCCUCUCUGCCCUCCCCAUCUGAGCUUCUAGUCGACAAAUACAAUUCUGAAGGAAUUCAAAUGCAACUUUAAAAAUUGUUAGAGAAAAAAAUGGUGUGAAAUAGUCCCCCCACUGGAAAUAUCGUGGGGGCGUAAACACUGAUCCUCCCAGCUUAUUUUUGUAAAUAAAACGUUAUAAACUUGAAAUACAAA